AAGGUAAACACAACAGCUGAUAAAGUGUGGUCAUCGAUCAAAUAUUAGUAAGCUGGAAUGAUAUUUGAAAAUAAAACAAAAAUCCGUUUAGUUUGUGCCGUUUAAAACAUUGAUAAUCUUACAGUUUUGUGGAUAUGACUUUAUACUUUCAAUUCAUAAAUUUACUUUUUCUGUAUUUAUCGGUUAACUCAACAGGCUUAGAAUACACAACUACAGAAUAUACAACUACAAAAUACACAACUACAGAAUACACAACUACAGAAGACUCGACCACUGCUUUUCGAGGAAUAACAAUAGAAGGUAUUGAUGAAAAGGAAUACAACGCAUCCAAUUCUCAAUGGCCAACCACUACUGCCAGUUGGAACGAACAAACAAGUGAUGGCGAUACCACGACACAACCUGUACUAUCAACUACGAAGAGAUUGAAAACAACACAUCGCAGCAUAAUAUAUAUUGAUGGUCAAACAGACAAUGACUACUGCUGCACAUUUGAUAUAAACAUGUGUGGCUGGUAUCAACCAUAUGAUCUUGACUGGAUUAGAAAGUCGACAUCGGAAAGUACUACCGGCACUUGGCUACCACAUGACCACGCAAGUUCACCGGGAUAUUAUCUUUAUAUAGAUACUUCUAGACCGAGAACUACCGCAGACACUGCAAGGAUGCUUGGACCGCCGUUUAUAAGUCGUCGGUUCACAGAUUAUUGUUUCUCCUUCUGGUACUAUAUGAACGGUUACGCAGCCAAACAGUUGAACGUUUAUACAAAAAGUAAUUUGCAUAGAUACACUAAAAUAUGGACGAAAAAUGGAAUAAAAAGUAAAGGAUGGGAGAGAGUAGGAAUAACAAUACCAUAUUCAGGGGAAUUGUUACAGAUCAUGAUAGAGGGCGUCGUUAGAACAAAUAAUGGGUAUGGGGUAAUCGCUAUCGAUAACACCGACCUUAAAGUUGCAGUUUGCAGAGGCACACACAUUCCAGCAGGUUAUCUAGGGUGUUUUCAGGACAGUUAUUUUAUCAAUCCACUAGACUACUUUUUAUACAGAUCUGAUUCAAAUAGCGGAGAAAAAUGCACUCUUGGCUGCAGAUCACAGGGCUACAGAUAUGCUGGCACGACGGGAUCACGUGUGUGCUACUGUGGAAACAAAAUAAAACCAUACAAGGUACCAAAUUACGAAUGUGACGCAGUAUGCCCAGGCAACAGGGAUGAAUUCUGCGGAGGUAUAUGGAAGUUGUCUAUGUAUGAUACAGCAGUAUCCGACAUAUCUGGCCCUGUUAUGUCUACAAGUGGAUAUCAAAGCGCAUGGCAGAGUUAUGAUUGCACUUUCGAUGAUAGCGUGUGUGGUUGGCAGCAAAGUGUACAGGAUGAUUUUAACUGGACAAGGAAAAGAGAUGGAACAAUGUCAACAUCUACAGGACCUAGGUUUGACCACACCACAAUGACAAUGUAUGGUCACUACCUUUAUAUAGAAACGUCUAGUCCCAGGAUAUACAACGAUUAUGCAGAGAUUUUUGGACCGUCUUUUAGAAUCGACAAAGGACAAACGUGGUGCUUCUCAUUUUGGUACAAUAUGUAUGGUCGUACCAUUGGGUCACUUACUGUUUACAUUAGCGAUGGCAAAAGCAAGAACAGUAUUUGGACAAUAAAUGGAAAUCAAGGGACGUCAUGGCUUAAAGCUAGCGUAAAUAUAACUGGAAAUGGUCUUUAUAAAAAGAUUGUGUUAAAGGGCAGAAGAGGGACCGGAUAUACUGGAGACAUAGCAAUAGAUGACACUAGUAUAACACGCAGUCCGUGCAAAGUGACUCCGCAUGUCAACAUUGAUACUGUAACAUCAAAAACAAAUAGCGGUGGUAGUUUAGAUUCGGGCACGGUUGUCCUCAUAGUCGCAGGCAUACUUCUCUUUCUGUGUUUUGUGUUUGGUAUUGGUCGAGCAAUAAGACGUCGUUUUAUGGAUGAAAACAUUCCAAGGGAUACAACUCAUGAAGAAAACCGGUCUCGUUCUCGGCCUUUCACAAUAACAUGCAGCAUGACAGAAAUCCAGUCACGUACUCAAACCUUGACAGUUGACUCACAGCAUUCGACUUCGCGUGAGACAAACUCUGACACUACCAAUCAAACUGAGAACACCUGGGAUCCUCCGGAUUACGAGACGCUGUUCACAACAAACGGUCGUGAAGAAUUGGAAUCGUCAAACGGGAAUGUUUUAUAUACAGGGAUAGUGUCCUCCGUAGUCAGAAUGCCUGGCAUUGAUGAACGAACAGACGACACUACCGCUUUUCCAUCGGAUAUGACGUCUAACAACCCAGAGGAGGAUACUCCACCACCACUUGAGUCGCCACCUGCCUAUUGGUCACUUUCGACAACAUACUUUCGGCCAGCUAAUGGUCAAAGUGAACCACCGGCAUACCAAGCGGAUUGAAUUGAAUUGGGAAACAAUAUAUAUGAAAGAAUAAGAUUUUAAAACAGAUUUAUAACAUGAUGGAAUUUUACGAAAGAUAGCGUUCAUGCCAUUAACACUCUGUGAGACGUAUGUUCCAGCGUAAGUCAUAUCUCAAAGAUAGCAUGUGACAACAUCUCAGCGACGGCUGGUUACGGUAUCGCUCAGUAUGACAUUUCAUAUACAUGUGUAUAAUAAUUACUUUGAUUACAUUUGCUUGUGUCCUUGCAUGAAAAUGUGUUCAGAUUCUUAAAUUAAUCGCACACAUUGAUUAAAAAAAAUAGAUUUCAAAAAGAUUAGUCUGUUAUUGAGUAACUAGAAGUAUUUUGCUAUUUUCCAGAACAAACUUUAUAUUACACGUUUUCAAAAACAAUAGUGAUAGACAGUCAAUGAUAUAUGAAAAUCUAUGGCAGGUUUAAUCUUUGAAAUAUAUAUCUGCAAACACGUAUUUUAAUACAUCUAAUAUCAUGUUCCUCACGUUAAUCGAUUGUUGUGUAUGUGUCUUUUACCCUGAGGCAAAUUAAUGUUUACUGGCCUAGUUUUAAGACAUCAUGUAGAUUUUACUCCUGAAUAUUCUAUUGAGUUCUGUAACAAUACUGAUAAACAGUUAUUUUUAGAAAGGAUUGCCUUUGAUUUUUCCAGAACGUUCUUUCAUUCUUAGUGUAACAUGAAAAUUCUGGAACCUUCUAAGAUAAAUAAAUGGUGAGAUAGAUAAUUUAGGAAUUAAUAUAGAACCUGAGAUCGUAGAUAUUGAUGAAACUUUCCUGUAUUUCCUAAAAACUUAAUAUUACCAGUUUGGAUGUUUAAUAUUUUGAAGGAUUAUUUGAAGGAUUUACUGAAAUUUGUUGAUUCAAAAUGUUAUCAUUGAAGAGAGGAAUUACAAUUUUUGGAUAUGCUAAAGUUACUUUUUAACUGUGUGAAACAUUGUGAAAUUUGUUCUGAUUGGAUUUAAAUUUGACCUGGACAGGAUAUGAAUUAUUUUAACAUAUUACUGGAUUUUAUGGUUCUUUUGACUUUUUGAAGAUAUAUGUAUUUCUACUUAAUUUCAUGAAUAAAAUUUUGUUAUUGUUAAUAGUU